AAAGAUGAUCGACAUUUAGACGCGAUAACGCGACAUUUUAUAGUUUGUCAUUUUACAAUGUAUAUUGAAUUUCUUCAUUGCAACGCGUGUUUUACAUAUCCUUCGUCUUCAAAAGAAGACCAAAUACGGUUUUGGUUAACAGAGUGCGGACAUGUAGUAUGCAAAUCGUGUUUAAAUAAGCAUGGCGAAGCAAGUCAUGAACACACUUGUCCUGUUUGCAAUACACGGUGUGCAGCUGUAGAGUUGACCGAUAACCUCCCUCCUAAUCUUGGUGCAUUCUUUCGGACCACUUAUGAUAUACUGGAUGAAGCCGCCGAUUUUCAGAAAACCAAUACAAUUUCAUUAAUUGAAUUUUUGAAAGAUAAAUUACACAAACAAAGACAGAUGCUUGACAAAGCGAAAAAUGAAAUACUUCAAUACAAAGACAUGAAAAAAAGAAAAUCGACGUUUAAAAUCUCAAUUGCAAGAAGUUCGACCAAACACUUCAAGUACUUCAGUAAAAAGGCCAAUAGAAUCACCAAUAAAAUUAAACAACAGCUCCAUAAAUCACCAACUCAAAAUCGUGAUCUUGAUAUUUCGCCAAGUCAGACGUGUCAACCGAAAACUCCAAACCCACCUAAACGGUUAACAUUAUCGACUUCAAUAAAUUCACCGAUGAGGCCGUUAAUCUUCAAACAGCAGUCGCAACAAAAAUACGAUAAUUAUUCUUCCCAACUUGAACAUCAAAAUAAUAAUGGACUCCCUUAUAGUAAUCAGAUAUCAUGGAAUUAUGGCGUUGAUGGUUACGACGGUAUCAGUGACAGACGUGAUGCUAGAGCUAUGCCAUCACCAUCUAAUAAAUGUUAUUCAGUUUCUUUUUCCGAAAGUAAUUGCGACCAAUAUCCUCGAAAAAUCUCUAAUACAACAUUUUCUCGACCCGGAACAGCUUCUAGUACGCGUAUGACGUGGAGUGAGUUACGUAAUAGUAAUAGAAUUGCGCGACAUGAUGUAUUGAGGAUAGAUCCCGGAUCGAGAGCAUUAUCGGCUGCUUCUGCAUCAAAAUAUCAAAACCCGUCACCUUCAAAUUACACAAUAUCAACAAAUUUUCGGCCAUCUUUACCUAUGUCAAGAAAUUUCAUAGUUCCACAACCACAAUCUCCACAACCUUCACAACCUCCAAGAACUCCCAUUAUAAGAAACCGAGACGCAUUACCGGGAAUAAAUAACCGAGGAUGGUGAAGUUUGAUUGACGAUUUAGCUUUUAAACUUUUGUAUUUUACAUAUAGAAAAAAAAUGAUUGAUUGUAUUUAUUACUGCGUAUAUUUAUUACAAAUUUCGAGAAGACAUGCGUCAUAU